GUUCUGAUGCUUCUCAAGAUAAUACAAACUCUUCUAUGAUCUAUUUAAAAGAAGAUGAUAAAAAUAAUAUUAAUGAAGCCUAUAGAAAAAAGAAGAAAAUAAAUGAUUCUCAAGCAGAAAGUUCUAAAACUUCUAAAGCUAAAAAGAAAAGAAAUCCUCUACAAGGUUCAAGAUUUCAUAAACUAAUGAUUAGUAAAGAUGUAUCAAAAUAUUCAAUUGUUGAAGACUUACAACAAAUCAAAGCAAAUAUCUCUAUUGCUCAACUUGCUGCUGAAAACCCCAAAUACUUAAGAGAAUUAAUUUUCAUUGAAUUUAGACAUAUUACUAGAAUUCCAAAAGUUGAAGCUAUAUCUAAAGAAAAAACAAAAGAAGAAAGCUUUGAUAAAAGUGAAAGUGAAUAUGAAUUCUUAAGUGAAUCUGAUGAAUCUACUAAAUAUGAAGACAAACAACUUGAAGAAAGAAUCUAUACUCUUAAUCUUUGGCAAGAAAUUGAAAAAGAAAACUUAAAACAGAUGUGCCUAUACUAUUCUUUUAACCUUUCUCCUAAACUUAAUGUUAGAGAAUUGGAUGAAAAACAACAAAAAGAAUUUUAUAAUCUUGUUAAUGAAUAUAUUGAUAUCUUUGCUCAAAAUGAUUCUGAUCUAGGAAGAAAUAAUAAAAUUCAAUAUGAAAUCAAA